AUGCCCAAAUUUGUCCCCCGUCAACGAAAGCAGAAACAUCGACAAAACAAUUCAAACGAUGCUGCGGUCGACACAAAUGCUGCCGAGAUACUGCCCGUCUCCAAGAGCGAAAGGGAAGCGAGGAAGCAGAAACUCCGAGAGGAGCUGAGGGCGCAACACACGAAGAUCUCCGCGAAGAAGCAAAAGCGCUUGGAUAAAUAUAUUGAAAACAAACUCAAAAAAGAAGAGAACGUCGAGCUACUUAAAAAACUUGAGAAGAUCAAAGUCGAUACCUCCGCACUCCAGAGCUCGAAGGUACUGGGGAAACCGAAGAGAGAGGACGAAAAUAUUGUGCCCACGACCGCCACAAAGGCUGUUAGUGCGUCGCAGAAUCAGAUUUCGGAUUCGGAAUUGUCAGGCGACCAGACGGACGACUCCUUUGUCGAUUCGAAAGGGGGUUCUAAGCGGAAGCACGCCGAGACUGCUCCUGCACCACCCGUUCCCGCACCAGCCGUCGGUGGCGGUCUCAAACGUCCUCUGGAACUCGGUCCGGACGGUUUCCCAGUUCUGAAGAAGCGGAAAAGGGCGCCCAAGGUCAAGCCGGUAGUCGUAUCCUUGCCGGAGGUGCCAUGGGAAGGAUUCGAUUCAGAUGACGGAAAUGGUGGUGCUGAUAGCAACGAUGAAGAGCCGGAACACUCAGAGAGCGAUGCCGAAAAAGAGUCUGUGCAGGAUGGAGAGAACGAAGCAUCUUCCGAAAAUGAUGAGAGCGAUGAUGGGGAUAGCGGCAGUGAUAAUGAGGAGGACGACGAAGAGGGUGAAGAAGACGACGAGGAGGAGGAGGAGGAAGACGAGUCGUCAGCAGAAACCCGGACCAAGCCUCGUCAGUCCGCGUUCAAAGAGUGGGCAAGACAACAAAUCAAUGAGGUUGUCGGCUUCAAACCUUCUGGGCCCAUUACAGCAGAGGAGCAACCGUUUGUUCCUGAAUCCAAACGGCCCGUCAGGAACACCGUCGCUGAAGAGGAGCCGCUUCCCCCAGAGCUGCAAGUCACCACAGGCGAUCCAAACCGCAAGGCAUUCAGUGUACAAGUUGACCGUUCGGAAGAAAUUCAAAAUUCACGCUUAGGACUGCCCGUGGUCGGUGAAGAACAGAAGAUAAUGGAAGCCAUCUACAACAAUUCAUCCAUCGUCAUCUGGGGUGCUACUGGUAGCGGAAAGACCACGCAACUUCCUCAGUUCUUGUUCGAGGCCGGUUAUGGACACCCCGACAGUCCCAACCCGGGUAUGAUUGCAGUGACACAACCCCGCCGAGUUGCUGCUGUCAGUAUGGCCAAACGUGUGGCCGAUGAGCUGGGACAGUACUCCGACCGUGUCGCUUACCAGAUUCGGUUUGAAAGCAACGUCUCCAGCAAAACGGCCAUCAAGUUCAUGACGGACGGUAUCCUUAUUCGCGAGAUUGCCGAAGACUUCGCUUUGAAGAAAUAUUCUGUUAUCGUAAUCGAUGAGGCCCACGAACGGAGCGUUAACACGGAUAUUCUGAUUGGAAUGGUUAGCCGUAUCAUUGACCUGCGGAAAGCCAUGAGCGAAGAGGAUCCCUCCAUCAAACCCCUCAAACUCGUAGUCAUGUCUGCGACUCUGCGAAUCUCUGAUUUCACGCAGAAUGCAAGUCUAUUCCGUCAAGGCCCGCCGCCACUAGUACAGGCAGAGGGUCGUCAGUACCCUGUGACCAUACACUUCGCGCGACGGACACAUCGCGACUAUGUUGAAGAUGCCUACAGAAAGGUCUGCAGGGGCCACCGCAAGUUACCUCCCGGAGGCAUGCUCGUUUUCCUCACCGGACAGAACGAGAUCAGACAUCUGGCUAAGCGGUUGAAGCAGACCUUCAAGCCCACACAACGGGGAGAAGCUACACAGGCAAAAGUACAACUCUCCGCGAACGAUGCACCACUCGAAGCGGAGGAUCUGGACCUAGGGGGUGCAGACUUGUCUCAUCCUGGCAACGAGGAUGAUGACAGUGACCUCGAAAUUACCGGCUUGGAUGAAAAUCCUGAGGAGGAUGAAGAGUUCAAUCUCGGGGAAGAGGCGAUGGAUUCCUCAACUCGAGUGCAUGUCUUGCCGCUCUACUCUCAGCUGCCCACAAAGGAGCAACUGAAGGUUUUCGAACCGCCACCGGAGGGCUCUCGUCUUAUCGUCCUGGCGACCAACGUCGCUGAGACCAGUCUUACAAUUCCCGGCAUCAAAUAUGUCUUUGAUUGUGGGCGAGCCAAAGAAAAGCAAUAUGAUCUAGAGACCGGGGUGCAAAAGUUCCAAAUUGGUUGGAUCAGCAAGGCUAGUGCAAACCAGAGAGCUGGUCGAGCAGGUCGAACCGGACCAGGUCACUGCUACCGACUCUAUUCUUCAGCGAUUUACGAAGGUGAAUUCGCGGAAUACACCGACCCUGAAAUCUUGAGAACACCUAUUGAAGGCGUCGUGCUCCAGAUGAAAAGCAUGGGCCUACAUAACGUGAUCAAUUUCCCCUUCCCUACACCUCCUAGUCGGCAGGGGCUGGCCAAGGCCGAGAAGUUGCUGAAGAACCUCGGAGCACUCUCGGCGGACGGUAAGAUCACUCAGAUCGGCCAUCGCUUGUCGACGUACCCGCUAUCACCGCGGUUCGGCAAAAUGCUUCAUAUCGGCCACCAGCACGGCUGCAUGCCCUAUGUGAUUGCGCUUGUCUCCGCCCUGGCCGUGGGAGACUUGUUCAUCCCUGAAAACCAAAUCGAUCCAGCUCCGUCAAAAGAAGAGGACAAGGGUGACGGAGUUUAUAAGAACUCCGAUCGUUUGGAGGACACGGCUCGGGAACAGCGCCACAAGGACUACGCGAGAGCACACCGUCUCUUCAGCAAGCACGACGAUACUUCGGACGCUUUGAAGUAUUUGUCAGCGAUCUGCGCCUACGCUUAUGCUUCGAAUGGGGACUCAUUCUGCGAUCAGAUGUUCCUGCGGGCAAAGGCAUUCAAAGAGGCCACGCAGCUUCGGCAACAGUUGACCGAUAUUGUGCGCGCAAACAACCCUGGUCUGAUUGGAGCGUAUGAGCCGCGUCUGCCUGAGCCAACGGAUAAACAAAUCAAAGCGCUGAAGCAAAUCGUGACCGCUGGGUUCAUCGACAACGUUGCAAUCCGCGCCGAUCUGGCGCCAGUCCCGCCAGAGAUGGACCGCACACCGAAGAGGGCCAUCGAUGUCCCAUACCUGACGCUCUUCAGGUCUCGAGAAGGACGGGCGACAGAACUUCAGGAGAAAGCCGUCUACGUGCAUCCAUCGUCUGUCCUGGCCCGCCUUUCACCGAAGGAAAUGCCGCAGUACCUGGUCUACUCUCAUCUCCAACAAUCAGCGCCUUCAGUGCUGUCCGAUCAGGUCCCGAGGAUCAGAAUGUUUCCUCUCGCGGCGCCGAGCGGACUGCAGCUCUCUGCUAUCGCGCACGGCACGCCGCUCAUCGAAUACGGCAAGCCAAUUGGCAAGAUAGAACCGAUGGACGGGGUCCCGCAGCGCCGAGCGUGCUGGGUCAUUCCAUCGCUUGUUGGCGAAGCCGGCGGCGCCACUUGGCCCUUACCGGCCAAGAAGGUCAUCCAACGGAAAGAUAUAAAGGACGGCUGGGUGAUCGAAAAGUUCACCACCUAA